AUGAGUCAGACAGGCUCAUAUGUGACACAAAUAACCGCCACUGACGCGGAUGACCCUUCUUAUGGAAACAGCGCGCGGAUUGUGUACAGCAUACUUCAUGGGCAGCCCUACUUCUCUGUUGACCCCAAGACAGGGAUCAUAAGAGUUGCCUUACCCAACAUGGAUAGGGAGGUUAAAGAAAUGUACCAGGUGGUCAUACAGGCUAAGGACAUGGGUGGCCAGCUCGGGGGCUUAGCUGGGACCACAACCAUCAAUAUCACUCUCCGUGAUGUCAACGACAACCCACCACGGUUUUCUAAAAGCAUCUUUCACCUGCGUGUUCUUGAAUCUUUACCUGUGGGCUCGUCGGUGGGGAGGGUCAAAGCUCAUGAUCUGGACUCUGGGAAGAAUGCUGAAGUGGAAUAUAGCAUCGUUCCUGGUGACGGAGGCUCCAUGUUUGAUAUUUACAGCAAUAAGAACACUCAUGAGGGAACAGUCAUACUGAAAAAGCGUCUGGACUACGAGACCAGAAAAGCCUACACCUUUAAAGUAGAAGCUUCAAAUGCAGUUAUUGAUCAUCGAUUCCUACAUUUGGGACCUUUUAAGGACACUGCCACAGUGAAAGUGAAUGUUCUGGAUGUGGAGGAACCUCCUGUCUUCAGCCGGCUGUCUUAUAACAUGGAGACAUAUGAGGACACACCAGUGGGCAUCAUCGUCGGAGCCGUCACAGCUGAGGACCUAGAUGUAGGCAACAGUCCUGUUAGAUAUUCAGUUGAGUGGAGAAAGGACUCUGAAACCCACUUUGACAUUGACCCUGUUGAAGGAACUCUGUCUGUCAGUGAAGCCCUGGACAGAGAGAGAAAUACAGAACACAACGUCACUGUUGUAGCAACACAAUUUAACAACCCCCUGCUGUCCAGCAAAGUUACUGUCACAAUCAAGGUGCUGGAUGUCAAUGAGUUUCCUCCAGAACUUGCCUUUGUAUAUGAGACGUUUGUUUGUGAAAAAGCAAAAGUAGGACAGGUGAUUCAGAUCAUCAGCGCUACAGACAGAGACAUUCCUGCUGUAGAGCACCGAUUCUACUGCUGCCAGUCUCUAUUUGCAUGCAUUAAGUACAAUUAUUUAUGGCCUACACUAAAUCUGCAUUAUAGACAGUUUGAUGGUCUCAUGGGUUCGAUUUCAGACAACACAGCUGGAGUGGUGACCAGGAGAGGGGGGUUUCAGAGACUGGAGCAGAGCAUGUACCUGGUGCCGGUCAUUGUGGAGGACGGCGGGUACCCAAUCCGAAGCAGCACGGGGACGGUGUCGGUGCGGGUGUGUACCUGCGACACAGAUGGCUCCCUCCUUUCCUGCAAUGCGGAAGCCGUCUUCUUUCCCAUGGGACUCAGCACUGGAGCUCUAAUGGGCAUAAUGCUGUGCAUUGUCAUUCUGCUGGUGAUGGUGGUGCUCUAUAUGGGCCUGAGAAAACACAAGAAGAAGGACACUCUGAUGUCGUCUAAAGAGGACAUCCGGGACAAUGUGAUCCACUAUGACGAUGAGGGAGGUGGGGAAGAGGACACCCAGGCCUUUGACAUAGGUACGUUACGCAACCCCAAAGGCAUCAAAGAGACGGCACAGCUGCAAAAAAUAAGAUCAGUGGAUGAGCCCAAUCGGGCUAGUGCGUGUAUGUCCAACGAGGGCAGCGAGGACAUCCAAGCCUACAUCCAUCACUGUCUUCUGGAGAACUCAACAUCUCCAUAUGACUCUCUGGUCACGUAUGCAUAUGAGGGAGAGGGAUCGGUGGCCGAGUCUCUCAGUUCCAUUGAGUCCUGGGUGCUUGAACCCAAGGAGGAUUACAGAAAUCUCUGUGACUGGGGUCCUCGUUUCAAAACACUGGCUGGAAUAUUUAAAGAGCAUGAAUGUAAGGACAUGGAAAAGACAGAACAUUAAGCACACGCUGAGGUGCUAAAUGACAGACUGGACUAAGAGCAUUUUCAGGCACUCUGUGAAAAACACAAAGUUUAUUUAUUUCAGGCAUGGCACUUAAAGGAAUAGUUCAAUCUAAAAUGAAAAUUGUCAUGUUGUUCCAAACCUGUAUGACUUACAUUCUUCUGUGUAAA